AUGAUGACGGACACGACUGGAGGCGGCUUUUUGGAGCGGGAUGGUGCUUCUGGAGGGUCUGGGCUGGCGUCUGCGCUGUGUGCGGGCACGAUGAUGGGGCAGCUGCCUGCGAGCGAUGCGCUGUCGAUUCUUGUGCAGAAGCAUCUGCCACCACCCUCUCGACCCGUGCGCGAUCUCUCGGGCAGCUGGCACGCCACGCUCGACACUAGCGAUGUUGAUGCCGACCAGGUGCUUGAGGCUGCGAGUACGAAUUCGUGGCGCAAGAUCGCGGUGCUUGCACGAAGCACCCUCGAGCGCGCGGGGAUGGAGUUGGACGAGGUGGUGGAGUGGUGGACCGUGCGGCUGUAUGCGCUUGCCCGACUGCGGCUCUACUCGAUGCUGCGUACCGAACUCGCAUCAGUCCCGGAGGUACUUGAAGGUCAAGAGAUGCCAUUCGGGCUACUGGUGCUCAGGGCGACAGAGGCCAAGUUUAGGGGCGAUACGAGGAGCGCUGUGGAACAGUAUACAGUGCUGAUUCGGAUGUGUAGGGAAAGGGGAGGGGAGGUGUGGAGGAGUAGGGCGAUUAGGGUGGGAAUGAUGCUGGCGUUUGCGUUGGCAGAGGCGAGGGAUUACAAUGCCGCCAUCGAGCUGCUCGAUCCGUUGGUCGAAAGGUUGCUAAGCGACGAGGAGGGGGAAGGGGUGCAACUGGUGAUUGUGGCAGCAAGAGUUUGGAUCCAAGCUGGAGACCUCGCGCGCGCACUCGAGCUCAUCGAGCGAGCCGAGCAGAUACUCCCAAGCGAGAGUGCAGUCCAUGCGCACAUCAAACAGGCCAAGAUGGUCAUCGCCACCAUCAACGGUGACUUUGCGGAUGGAGAUGGGGAGGCCGAGGGGGUGGUGGGGGCCCUCAACCGGGCAGUGGUGCAGUUCUACCGCGCCCAGCUCGAUGCGGCCAUCGCCACACUCGAUGCACAGCUCGAGGCCCAACCGGCGCUGGUGGCGAGUGCGGACGCGGUGGUGUUCAAUACGGCCACGCUGUACGAGCUCGCGGCGGGCGACGAGGCGGCGGUCGUGGGCAGAAAGAGACAGCUCCUUGCGACGAUCGCCCGAUGGGCUGCCGAGCCUGGACCCUCGAGCUCAGCGUUCAAACUGUAG